CAACAGCUUCCGCAAUGUGUCUACUUGCAGUUUUGCUGGGGAUCACUUUACCGGUGCAUGGCGAUGAGCAAUGCUCCUGGCGAAUAUAUGGCGAGAACUGCGACAGGACCUGCCCCUCCAACUGUGCCAUUGUCCCACCCAGAAACCUCAGACACUGUCAGAAGUACACAGGGAAAUGUUCUGAGGGAUGUUUCGUGGUUACCAUGGCGACCAGUGUAAUAUAUCCUGCAGCGGAGGCUGUUUAAAUGAAACCUGCAAUACCGGAGAUGGACAUUGUACGUUAGGUUGUAAAGAGACCUACACCGGGGAUUUCUGCAAUGAGACUUCAGGUAUUUUGACAUCUCCAUCCACAAAAGUCACUACCACCACAGUGACAACCACGACAGUGACAACCACGGCAGGCCCCGAUGACAACAAUCUUGCUGCGAUCCUUGUCCCAGUGUUCCUCAUUAUCCUCAUCGUAUGUAUCAUCCUUGCUGUGGUAGUGUUCAGACUGAGAUCGAGGAGAAGGACAGAAUCGAAAAGAAGAUAUCCCAAUAACGAAUACAGUACUCCUGAAGCUGCUCCGUUGAAGCCGCACGAUACAGUUCCCUUGACUGAGAAGCCGCCUGAAGCGGUGCAGCCUGAAGUGGAGCAGCCUGAAGCAGACCAGGUUGAAUCACCAGGAAACGAGGAUACACACAAGAAUGUUCCCAACAUUGACAAGCAGCCGACAGAUCAGCAGUCCAGGGAGAAGGACAUCAGUGACCUGUUCGUGGAAACUGAGGGUUACCGGAAGGUUAAAUACAAACUGGAAACACUUGGCCACGUGACAAUAAGCAGUGGUCCAGGAGAAGGUAAAACAUCCUGAUGUUAGGAGCUGAAUACAGGAGACAGGGGUAUGAAGUGGUGCUGGUUGAGGACGUUGGUACUUUCCAGUUGUCUGAUUGUCUGUGUAAGGACAAAGACGUCUGUGUCAUAUUCGAUGACAUAUUUCAGAACGCUGGGCCAUCCAUGGACGUACAUCGCCUGAGACAAGUUCUGUAUGAGCUCCAUGGACAUCUUGAACCCUGGAAAACCAAGUUGGAAAGAAGAUACAACAUCCUGCAGCAGACACCAGGAACCGAACAAAGAAGAAAAUAUAGUACGAACGUAUAUAUCAUAUUCACUACAGAUUCCAACAACCUUGAACAUACAAUGCCAAAACUCAAAGAACCUAUAUUGUUCCAAAAUUCUUCAGUAGUAGACUUGACCAAAUUGAUGACAGGUGAAGAGAAGAAGGCCAUAUGGCUGAAACA